AUGUCUGUCACUAAUCCCAGGCAGUGUGAAGGCGACAUCAGCGAUGCCGCAAAAGUGAUUCACGCACUCCUACAGAAUUUGAAAUUGCACAAAGGCGCCAAACGGAAGCACAAGGUCGACUUGCAAUAUCUACAACACUACCUACUUCCCAAACUUCAUCUAAUGGGAGGUUAUGUCAGAGAUAUUCUUGAUUGCGACGACCAUCCGCGCAAAGCUGAGUGGGAGGCUGAUCUGGGAGCGCUCGGGCAAGCCUGGCAAAACUUCGAAGAAUAUCUCAAAAGUCGACAUGGCCUGUUAUUUGAGCGCCCUGACCACGACUGUGCGACGGACGACCUUGCCGCCUGGACUUGGGAUGAGCUCUCUGUGGAAAUCGAACAUGUGAAGCAAACAGCCCAAGCUGCUUUGGACGACAUGGAUAGACUCAUUCUCCUCGAAAUAUGGGGCACCUUCAGCGAGAGAUUUGGGCUCGUCUUGCCCAGGCUUGACACUAUGUUCGAGAAGAUUGAGAGUUACGGCGACUGCGUGUCGACCUAUCGCAAAGACGUCCAGGAAGUGCUCUGGACAAUUCGAUCCAACAAGCAAGACUUUAAGUCGCUGAAGGGUUUACUUGAACGGAGAAUGGCCGAUCUUGUGCAGAGAAUGGGUGAUAGCCAAAGCGCUCUUGAAGCCCUCAAAUCGCAACUGCAAUUCAUGUCAGAAAAGUUGAACCUGUUGCUCGCCCAGCUUUCUCAACAGCGCAAAAACUGCGAGACCAAGGCUGACAGGAAGUACCUGGACCAGCUGCGUAAGGAGGUCAAGAAGCAGACCGCUUCGGUAGCACGUUUGAGGUCUUCAGUCGACGAGACCUCGGGCGUCAUGGCCGAGUUCUUGCGCGCCUCGGGGGAACCGGACGUCGGAAAGGAGAAUUCGCACUGGUUUAGCAGGAUGACGUCGUCUCUCGAGAGGCUCUGCGACGUCCUUAAGCGACAAGCCUCCAUCUUCAUGUUUUGGAGACGGGCGAAAUCUACAGGCGAAACUUCCGACGAUCACGAGGUCAGCGAGAUCCCUGACAGCGCAUCAGAGCCUCAGAAGGAAUCUCCGGACACGAAAGAAGUCCAGGAUGGCGAUUCUGUGUAUUCAACGACGCUUGACGAGCAUUCGCCUCCCGUCUUGAACGAGAACCCCGAUCCCGUUCUAUCGGAGACCAGCACUUCACCCUCGGAGAUGGCACUGGAAGCUCCUCCGCUCCAGGAGAAGACUGCAGGAAUCAGCAUUCGAGACUUGGCCAUCCUACUUGCUUCACCGGAUGAAGAGGAUGAAGACGAAGAGGAGGACGAAAUGAAGGAAGAGGAAGAAGCAGCAGCGGGAACAACCACCACAGGUGUCAUGACGACCUCCGUGCCUCCUCUUCCGCGCAGAUCCUCCGCCCGAAGAAGAUCUUCUGUCAGGAAAUCCUACCAGUACGUGCUGCGGACCGCGGCCUCCACCCAACGCCAAUCUUUCUCUCUCUCGGCCGUGCCAGAGUACUUGAGUCCUGCCGCCGCUGGCGCCAUGGCAAAGUCACGGAGGAUGUCACGCGCACAACUUUCGACCUCUUCGUCAUGGUCCUCUAUGUCCUUGGCCAUGUCCUUGUCCGAGGCCGAUUCUCCGUGUCCAGACUUCGCGGCACAGGCCUCGUUGCCGUCACCACCUUCGUCCGUCUACGACGAGUCUUUUCCUCCGGAGACGACGCACCGGCACACUGUCGCUACGGUGCAGGACAGAGCCCUGGCGUUGUCGCUGCUUGAGCAGCUUGAGAAGCGGUUCAGCUUGACGGUCUUGACGGCAUGCGACUGA